GUGGAACAAAUUCUUGCAGAAUUUAAGAUUAAAGCCCUUGAAUGUCAUCCUGACAAACAUCCUGGAAACCCCAAAGCAGUGGAGAAUUUCCAGAAGCUGCAGCAAGCAAAAGAGAUUCUUACUAACGAAGAGACUCGAGCGCGUUAUGAUUACUGGCGACGAAGCAAAAUUACUAUUCCGUUCCAGCAAUGGGAAGCCCUGAGCCAUUCUGUGAAAAUG